CUCCCCACGCCGCCGCCGCCGCCGCCGCCGCUGUCGCCCCCGCCCCCGUACGUGCUCCCACCCUGCCGCCGCCGCCCUACACCACAGCCCCCAGCCCGACACGCCGCCGACCCAGGCCCAGGCGCCAGCACGCCGCCGCCGCCCCGGCCCAGGCCACCCCGCGCGCAGACGGCAUGGACGAGCCCCAGGAGCUACGCCGCGGAGUCCUCCUUCUUCGCCGUCGCUGAACACGGAGCCGGAGCUACGCCGCGCUCUACUUCCUCUCCCGGCGCGGUCGACCAUCCCCGAGCACUUCCGCUGCGCCACCACCCUCGCGUGCCAGGUGGUUGAAACAUGCCAGGAAGCGGAGGGGGACGAGGAGGAGGGGCCGCAAAGAGUAUGAGAAAGGGCGUCCAAAAAGUCAAGAAGUUGGCAUCUCUUGUGAGCAAGAAGGAUGGGGAAGCUUCAGGAUUAGGACUUCGCCGGCCAGCUAGUCCUCCACGACCCGAGGUGCAGCCACGUCAGAGAGGUAGACGGCCAGUUAGUCCUCGAGCUGCGCCACUGCGACGCCCGAGGAGUAGACGGCGAGCAACUCACCCACCCGAGGAGCAGCAAGUGGAGGAGGAGCACCCGAGGGAGGAGGAGGUGCACUCGAGGCAGGAGGAGGUGCACCCGAGGCAGGAGGAGGAGGUGCCCGAGGAUCUGAUGCACCCGGUCUUUUUUCGUACGGCCCACGAUGUGCUAUCGUCAGGAGGUAUGUACGAGUCAGAGGACGAGUCGGAGGAUGAUGAGGGAGAGGAGGAUGACGGGGAGGAGGGGGAUGACGGGGAGGAGGGGGAUGACGGGGAGGAGGACUCGAGGCAGUGGAACCCGCCGGAGGAGGGCGAGGAGUUUGUUGAUCCUGACGAGGAGUUGCGCAAGAUAUUGCCAGGGUCACGUCCUGUCUAUUGUCGUGGGAUUUCGUCACUCCCCGAUUUGGACGAUUGGCUCAACACUGCUGGUAAGAUCGUGCUCAUAGCAACAGGGGAAAGGACAUUCGAGUAUAAGGAUGACAUCACGCCACCACGCGUCUACCCGAGCAUUCUUGGAUGCCUCUUAAGGAAGCACUUCCCUGGGUUUGUACCUGUGUCUAGAAUCCUUGGUAGCCAGUGUGUAGCUUGGACAUGGAAGCACUACAUGUACGCACCGGAUCCGGAAGGCGAGUUCGAAAAUGCCCAGCAGAGAGUCCUUGACGAUUUUUGGAAAUACUUUGUCCCCGACCCAGAGCACCGUCUUCUUUGCUACUCCGUGGCUAACGCCGUUGCGACGAAGCAAGUCCGAGACAUGCACUACGAGGGUCGUGUGUGGUGCGUCUGCAACUGGUAUGCCGAGAUGCGCAAGAUCCGCAUAACUAAAAAAAAAGCCCGUAAGAUUACCAUGGAACCGUGGCAGUACCUGCAGGUGCCACCUCAGUAUGUAGGAUUGGCCAACAAGGAAGUCUUCAGGUCGAUGGUACGGUAUUGGACAAGUAAAGAGUUCAAGAAGAAACAUGACAAUGGUGUGAAACGGAAAGCAGAGAUGGGCCAUCGUGGAUGCCACCGCCAAGGCAGCCUCUCCCUCGCCGGUCAUAUUCAAAAGGAGAGAAGGGAGACAAAGGUGGAGCCUAGCUUUUUUACAGUUUGGAAGAGGACACGCACCCUCGACGAGCCGGACCCCGACCGUAAGGGGUCGAUGUGGGUGAGUGAUGGAUCUGAGCUCCGGUAUACAGAGUACUGCAAGAAGUUGGGGGAGAUGCGUGGCACAGAUGUGGACCCUCUCAGUGUUCCCUUUGACCCCGAGGUUGCCGUGCUAGCGGGACAGGGCAAGAGGAAUGGUCGCUUAUGGAUUGGUGACGGUUGCAUCCAUCCCGCGACCGUUCCAUCUAUCCGCCAGCUCCGUCGUGGCAGGACGAGCUCCGAUCCUCAAAUAGAGACCCGCCCCACGCCUUCGAGUGUAGCUAUGCAAAGAAUCCAGGCUCAGGUGGAGGAGCAGAACAAACUGCGAGAGGAGGCAGAGGCAAGAGCCCAGCGAAUGGAGGAGCAGAUGAUGUUGCAGCAGCAACAACUGGCACAACAACAGAAGACGAUGGAGUGGAUGACACAACAAAUGAGCCAGCAGCAGGAACACAUGCGCAUGCUUGCUAUGCAGCCGGGUGGCGUGACUCUUCCUCCUCUUGCUCCUCCUCCUUUCACUUUCCCGUGGGCACCACCUUCGUCUGGCUCCAACAAUAUGCCGCUUGGUGGGUUGGGCAAUCAGGAGGGAACCCCACCGGUGCCUCCUAUGGCGGGUUCACAUGUCUUGAGCAAUCAGAAUGUGGCUAGGAAGCUGUGACUCCAGGAUAUGCAUGAAGGACGCUUAUCUUCGCCGUUGUGGUCUACAUGUGGAGCUUCCCUUGAUGGUCUCUAUGUUAACUUGUGUUAGAAACUAUAUGUUUCGACUCUAUGUUUCUAUGGACUUGUAUUAUGUUGCUUUCGUAUUUGUGUUAUAAACUAUAUAUUGCGAAGGAUUUUGUGUUAUGGACUAUGGAUUAUAUGUAUGUUAUGGACUAUAUGCAUAUUAUGGAGCUUGU